CAGUCUAUUAGUAUUGAUUAUAGAAGUAUAAACUAUUAACACAGAUUAUAUUUUUAUAUAUAUAUAGUAUAAAUCGUGAUGAGAAGGUUCGAGCUUCUCUUAUCACACGUUCGUUCGAUAUCCUGUUAUUCUAUACAUUUUAAUUCGUGGUAUAAACUAUAAGGUGCAUGGUGCGUUCAUAAGUAUGUCACGUUUUCGUUCAAUAAACGUAUUUCCUCUACAAUAACAGUUCAGGUGAUAAUAUGAUAACCGGUGUUUAUAUUUUAAAGCACUUGCAAGUUCGUGAUCUAAAACUUCUACUCUUUAAAAUUUAAGAGAUACCUAUAUUGAAGUAUUGAACCUAACCGAAUUUCGAAUAUUAUGGACGACAAAAAGUGAGUCAAAAUAUUCAUUCAGAUAUUAUUAAUUAAAUACAAUUUGAAUGAGAUCCCCAAAAAUGAUUUAUUAAUUAUAGUUGAUACCACUUAUUAGUGUUUACCGGGUACAAUACUAUAAUAUAUACUACACUGUUACAACAUAUGUAUGAAGCUAUCUCAUAUAUAUUUCCAUUUGUAUUAUAAUAAUAUUUUUUGAUAGAUUUGUUUACAAAAUAUUAGAUUUGAACAACAUAAGUAAAUUUCUAAAGUCUAUUCGUUACAAGACUGAUAAAAAUGUGUAUUUUUAGAACUACAAAGAUCAAAUUAUUGUUUUUGUUGAGCUAUAUAGCAAAACAUUGAUGUGUCUAUAUUAAUAUAAUUAUAAUUUACACACUUAUAACCAAAUUUCAAUUAGAUAUGAUUAUCAUAAUAUUCUGAAAUAGUAUUUUUGUUAAACGUACCUAUUCUGACACUUACAAAUAACUUACUAUAGUUUAUAAUUAUUUCUACCAUAACUAUAUCAAUACUGUUUCUAAAACUUCUUUUAAAGAUGAUCUUGUAUAUGAUUCAUAGAAAAUUUGUUUAUUUUUAUUAUACAGCCUUUUAGUUAGAUACAAUAUAUCACUUAAUAAUUAAAAUAUUCUCGAGUCGUAGUCUUUUGAUUCAACUAAAAAAUUAAUGAAUUUAAGAAGCAAAAAAAAAAAUGGAAUAUGAUUAAAAGAUAUGAAAUUCUAUUUCUAUAAUAUUCUGCCUAUAGUCUAUUAUUAAAUUGUAUAAUGAGUUAUUAGAUACCUUAAGAUUAAUACAGAUAGUGAAAUUCAAAAUAAUUUACAGCUUAUUAUUUUUAAGAACAUUUUUAUAUUUUAGUUUCUAAAACUCUCCACUAAGUAAUAGUUUUAAGAAUGUAAUAAAAUAUUAAUAUUAUACUUAUUUACUAUCUGGAAUCACUAAUUGAGAAUGAAAUGUAUUAAGAUCAAGUAAUUAUUUCUUUAUGUUGUGUAACAUGACAAUGGAUCAUGACUAUGUUUUGAAAAAAACAUUAAAUUUUUUUUGUUACAAAUGGUAAAUACAUUUGCCAUAUUGACAAGAAAUGAUUAAGUUUGUUACCAAUUAUAAAUUCAAUAUACAGUAAAACUUCCAUUAACUUCUAUGUCACUGUAAUUUUUUUGGACCUGUCAAGUGUUAAGGGAAAAAUACAUUAAUACUUCUAUACAACAGGCACUCUAAAUAAUAACAAUCAAAAUAUAAGAUAAAAUAAUAGAAAAUAUGUACAGAAUUAUUAUAUAGGAAAUUUAAAGUGUAUAUUUGCUCAAAUUAUUUAUGGAAGUUUAUCAAAUUUUUACAAUAAUGCUAUGAACACAGCAUGUCUGUGUGUUUUAUUAUGUUUCAUUAGUUACUAAUUUCAGUUGAAAAUGUUUCGCAUGGUUAUGAUAGUGUUCAAACAAAAACACCUAACUGUAGCAGAAAAAAUCAAGCUGUCAGAUUAUUGUGAAAAAGAAAAUAUUAGUGUGCGUGCUCUCACAGAUAAAUUUGGAAUAGGCAUAACUCAAGCCACUGAUUUAAUAAAAAAUAAAGAUGCAAUUUUAAAAUUAUGUUAAUUUUUUUUUAUGUACUCUGUUAAACAGUCAUCUGGAAGUAUUGCACUUUUAUAAAUGGUCAUCUCUAAACAGCAGUCAUUAUUUCUGGUUCUUUCGUAACCGCUAUGUAGAAGUUUUACUGUAUACAUACAAGCUGAUUUUUACGUAUUUUUCCCCAUUUUUAUAAUUGAAAUAUGGGUAAAUUCACAUUCUUAUUUUUUGGAAUUUUGAAGUGUAAGAAAAAGCAAUAUUUUUGCAUACUUAGAUUUUCACCUACAUUUAUGGAGUAUUCAGUGGCAAUACCAACUUUAAUUUUUCUAAUGAUAACCUACAUGUUUAGGUGUUAAUUAUCAAAUGAUUUUUUUAAUUAUGUUGACAUAUGGUAAUCAAAAAUUGGAACAAAAAGUUAAAAGAGUAAUUUUAUUGUAAUACUAAGGCCAAUCAUCUUUUCGAUAGCUGCAUUAUUUAAAAUAAGACAUUGUCUACACGUGACUAUUAUGAAAUGGUUGGUAUUCAUUUCCCAUAAAAGACUAUUAUCCAUAGUAUUUAAAGCAAAAUAACUCAGAAACUUUUCAAUCAAAUUUCGAAUACAACAUUGAAAAAUGUUCAAAAAAAUCAUUCGAUUGUCAAUUUUUAUUAAAAAAAAUAUACAUUCUCUUCUGAAAAACCAAAUUUGGUAUCGCCACAUGAUACUCAUUAAUUAAUGUGAAAAAUGUAAGUUUGUGAAAAUAUCUUCACUACACCUAAAAAUUUUAAAAAUUACUCUGUAUAUAUUAUAUAUAUAUAUGUGUAUUUAUUAUGUGUAAUUGUAUAGUUAUUAAUAUUUAAUUAUUUUUUUAGAAUAUGCAAUCCAUAUCAUAGACAAAAGGCACACAAAUUAACGAAUUGUAAUGAAAAAAAAAAUGAAAAAUGUAACGAAAAGGACAUUAAUAAAUUGUUAUACGCCCGUAAACUCAAAUUGGAAAAACCACGUACUAUUAAAAAAAAGUAAUUGUAUAUAUAUUUUUUUUUCUUUGUUGGUUAUUAGCCUAAACAACAAUAUUUACUAACACAAAUUAAUUUUCAAAGAAAACUUGUAAUUAGUUAUUUUUUAUUAUUAUUUUGUCUAGAAAUUAUUUAUAUAAAGGUAUUCAGUAAUUACAACAAAGAAAUAUAUUUAAAAAUAAAUGUAACAGGCAAAGUAGGAAAUCCAGGCAUUAAACCAUAAUAGCUUAACACCGUGCACAAUGCCUAAAAAUUUUGGGUCAUAUACAAAUUAUCAUUAUAACACUCCAACUUUGCUCAUAACAUAAUAUAUCCAUUUAUAUAUUAAUGUAUAUGCCAUGAAUUAAUAGUAUUUGUACUGUUAUAUAGUGCAUCACAAUCUGAAGCUGAAUGGGAUGAAAAUUUAAUAAUGGCAAAAAUCACCAAAUUUGCAAAUAAUAUUACCAAAAAUUUUGGUCAUUCUUGGAAUAAGGCAAUAUAUCUGUAUCCAGAAGAAUGCUUAUUUUUGCUAGAAAAGGUAAUUAUAUAUUUUUUCAAUAGGUACAAAGAAAUUUAAAUACUAUGCUAGAAAUUAGAAAGAAGCAAUAUUUUUAUUGAGUCUCAGAUUUCUAUUUGUUUAAAUAAUAUUCAUUCAGAUUUAUUUUAUUGUGUGCUAUUGUAAUUGUGAUUAAAACUGGUAUGCAGAUGUUUCAUUGUGAUACUAUACAAUUUUGAUAGCUUUAGUUUGUUAUAAAAUACUAUCAAUUUUUACAAUAUAAAAAAUCAAAUAAUACUUAGUACAAUAUAGGAUUAGGGUUAUAUGAUGUUUAUUGUGGUAAAUACACAAGAAAUAAAAAUGGUAAAUUUUAUAAAAUAAUUAAAAAAAAAAAAAAAUUUUCUUUUAUCUCAUCUAUGUGAGAUUAGCCAACCAUGGACAUCCGAGAUGAGGCAAUCCUCUUGAGUCUUUAACUUCUUAUACUGUUUUACAGACUAAUAACUAUUUUUAAUUCCUUCCUACAGAGAAUAAUCAUAAUAAUAACAAAUACAUAUUAUUUUUUCUUAAUUUUAUUCUAAAUAAUUGGUUAUUUGGUUCUCAUAAAUACCUAUUUUGUACUUUAAAGUUGUCAUUAUAAAUAAAAGUUUUAAAUUUACACUUAAAAUCGCUGGUAGUGGUAUAAAGUAUAAUAUCUCAUGUGAUAAAAUUAUUCUAGUCUAUUUUUAUUUUAGUGUAUAGUGUAUUGUUAGUUUUCAAGACAUAUUCUACUAUUUAAAGAUUACCUUUAAUUCCUUUAAUUUAAUUUAAUUUGAUAUGUUUAUAAUAAAAUAUUUUUGUCUAUAAAGUUCUGGAAAAUAUAAGACCAAUCAAUUCAAUAUAGAAAGGAAAGAGUAAAAAAACCAUGUGUUUACAUUUAAAUUGAAAAUAAUAGUAAUAAAACUAAGUAAAAUAACUAAAAAAAAAAAAACAAUUAUUGUUUUCUUUUUUACAUUUUUUAUAACUUAUAAUGAAUCUCGUAUUCAAGUAUUUUUUGAAAAUUAUAGGUAUCUAUAAUACAUUCUGACAAAAUUACAAAAAAAAAAUAAUAACAAUAAACCAAAAUUGAUAAUAACUAUUAUUACCAUUAUAACAUACAUUUUUAUGGGUUUUCUAAAAUAAUAAGGAAAUUAAAAAAUAACAUUCACAAUGCACCAAUUAUAAUUUAUGAUUUUAAAUUAAUUAAUAUUUUAUUUUCAGAAUAGUUUGAUAUUGAGAUGGAAGGGAAAUGAAUUGUCUUUUCAAAAUGCAUUUACACUAUUAUUAGCAGAAGGAAGUAGUUGUACUUACAAACAAUAUAAAACAUAUAGCUACUUAAAAAAAAUGGGAUUCCGUGUGUUUAAAUUUGACAAUAAGCUAAACCAAAAUAAUUGUAGCUUACCAAAUCUGACCAAAUUACCAGAAAAGUCUGCACGAAAAAAAAAUAAUAAUAGCGUUAAAAACAACCAAAAAUUCCAAAAAAAGAAUACCCAUUUAGUUAAUUCAUCCUUGGGAGAUAAUGUAUGUUUUCCUAAAAUCGCUGGAACUAAUUGGGUGGUAGUAUCAACACCGCCUCAAUGUUAUUUACCACAUAAUUUACAACCCUGUAACAAUAUUUAUAUGUUCAAUAUUACUAAAGGUCGACAUAUGGAAAUCACUGCUAUGCUAUCUGAUUACUACUCUGAAAAUUAUAAAAAAAAACCAUUCUUUGAAAAAGAAAGCAUAGUUUAUGAAUCACCACCUACUGGAAUGUAUCCGGUAUACGAAAAAAACAUUCCAAAAAGAGAAGAAUUAAUGGUAAAGGCUAUUGAAAAAAAUAAUUACGAGCCAAAAAAAAAGAAAUUAAAACUAUUGAAUACCAAUAAAGAUGAUUUACCAGUUGCUAUUAAUUUGACUUCCAAUCUGAGUUAUUUGGUAAAUGCAAAUGUAACCAAUACUGAAACUAAAAAUAUCAAUACUAUGACUGCUUCUUCUUCAUUUGUAAAUACAAAUGUAACCAAUACUGAAACUAAAAAUAUUAAUACUAUGACUGCUUCUUCUUCAUUUGUAAAUACAAAUGUAACCAAUACUGAAACUAAAAAUGUCAAUACUAUGACUGCUUCUUCUUCAUUUGUAAAUGCGAAUUUAACCAAUACUGAAACGAAUAGUGAACAUGACAAAGCUGAACCAUUUCAAAGAGUUACUGAAAAUGAAAAAUGUUCGAUGGAAUCAAGGAUACCAAGUAAAACUAUUUGAUAUACAGUGGAUUCCGAUAAUGUGAGCAUGUUAGGCCCAAUUACAUUUGCCCACAUUAAGCGGUUACCCAUUUUAACCAAAAUGUGUAUUGUUAUACAUUAAAAUUGGGACCAGAUCAUUAAGCUCAUAUUAACCGAUGGUCACAUUAAGCGGAAUCCACUAUAUAUAAUCAACUGUCUUGUUAUAUUUAACUAACUAUGUAAUGAUAAUAAUAAUUAAAAGACAUGAAAAAUAUUACUGUACUGUGGGCUUAGUAAAAUCAGCGCCUGGUAAUAAAAUAAUGUAAAAAUAAACCAAAAAAAAACAAGCUAUCAUUUUAUGCUACACCUGUCCGUCUGUGUUCACACAAACCCAGAAUAUAAAUAACUCGCUUUAAAAUAAAUUGUUUUUGUUGAUCAAUAUUAUUGAAAUGUUGAUCCAUGUCGAUACAAAUAAUAGGAUCAAUAAUAAAAUAUAAAAUAUUCACAAAUAUUCGCUUGCCCCUUAAAUAUGCGUUUUAUGCAAAAUAAUUUUUUUUCUCUGAAUUCUGUUUCGUAAAUCGUGAAGAUAUCUAACUCCCAUUUAAUCGCUUACACUUUAAACAAAUAUGUAAAAUUAUAAAAAUACGACUUCUAUUCAUAAGUCUACUACGUUUAAAAUAUUAGAUUACAAAACUUUAAAAUAUUCAUUGGCACCUCUCUAGGCAUAGCACCCGGUGUAUGUGCACUUCUCGUACUCCCCUAGGCACAGCCCUGCUGUAUUAUGUACAUUUUUUUUUUUAUACUUAUUAGUCAUUGUGCAUUUAAUUAUAUGUGUUUAAAUUUAGGUCACAUUAGAGAGAAACUAUUUGCCAUUAAACUAACAGAAGUUAAGUACGAAUUUAAUACCAAUAGUGACUAUAGCAUACGUUAUGAUGUUUAUUAUCCAAAUAACCAUUUCCCCAAAAAAAAUAGACCAGUGGCAGACUUCAGAGUUAUCGUUUUUGAGUAUGAAUGAAGAAUAUACACCAUACUGUAAUGUUUUAUUAAUAAUCAUAUUUUAUACUAUGUUUUAGAGACUAUUUAAACAACUUUCCAAAUAUUUAUGAUGUCAAUGCUUCCAAUCCUCAUGAUAACGUACCUACUCUAUGGGCCAUUGUGAAUUCAGGUGAUGUGUCAUUUUACAAUGUUAAUAAUAUAACUUUACCGAAACCUACAGACUGGAAAAUUGUAUAAUAAAUUAUAUUAUUUCAAUAUUUUCAAUUACAUACAAAUUAUGUGCAUUGCCUAACAAAUAAGCAUUUGUAGAACAAAUAUGAAAUUUAUAAUAUCUAUGUUAUGUUUUCAAAGACUGAUCUAACUUGUUUAUUUGGCCAUUGCCAGUAACUGUUUUGGCUAUAUGCUAUAUGUAUUGGCUUAUGCAAAAAGUCUAUUAUUAUAAUAAUUAUAGUUAACUUUAUAAGUAUACAUCAUAAUAUGAUAUAAAUCUAUUUGUUUUUAUAACUAUAAAAUCAAUUUUUAUACGGAUUAUACCUAUUUUGAUAAUCCCAAUUCUUUAUGCACAGUAUCUAUGUCUGAAAAACAUAAAACCUUUUCUUUUCUCAUUACUAUCCUUAUUAUCUAAUAUCAUGCAAAUUAUACAGAUUUAUUUAUUAAAAAUAUUGGACAUAUUUAAUGCAUUUACUCACCAAAGGUUGACCUUAAGUUGAAGCCCGAUUUUCUCCAUUAUUCUGCUGAUAAGAGCCGAGCCACUUGCAGAAAAUCUUGGAGCUACUAAUAACUAGAGUAUUAUAACAUAUUAGUUAAUGUAUGAU